UUGCUGCUCUGGCACUGCUGGGUCCGGCCGUCCGGCGCCGACAACGCCAGCCAGGCGUAUUACACCGCCCUCAUCAACGUGACGGUGCUGAGCCCCGAGCGGGGCGGCCCCACGCUGCUGAGGAUCGACCGCGGCCGCUACGGGCAGGAUUCCCCCAAGGUGGAGGUCAAGGGCCUGCUGGUGGCUCCCGUCCCCAUCAACGGAGUUGCAGAUCGUCUGGGCUGUGACCCUCGAACACGUUUCCAAGUUCCACCAAACACCAAGCAGUGGAUCGCUUUACUACAGCGAGGAAACUGUACAUUUAGAGAGAAAAUACUGCGAGCAGCUUCACAUAAUGCCACAGCCGUGGUCAUUUACAACAAUAUAUCCAGUGAAGAACCUGUCACGAUGACUCAUCAAGGAACUGGAGACAUUGUUGCUGUCAUGAUUACAGAAUCAAAGGUUAAGGAGAUCCUGAAUUACUUGGAAAAGAAUAUCUCUGUCCUGAUGGCAAUAGCAGUGGGGUCCCGUGUUCCUCCAAAAAACUUCAGUCGGGGCUCUCUAGUCUUUGUGUCAAUAUCGUUCAUUGUUUUGAUGAUAAUUUCUUCAGCAUGGUUAAUAUUUUACUUCAUCCAGAAGAUCAGGUACACAAGUGCACGUGACAGGAAUCAGCGUCGUCUUGGAGAUGCUGCCAAGAAAGCCAUCGGUAAAUUGACAACCAGGACAGUAAAGAAGGGUGAUAAGGAAACAGACCCAGACUUUGAUCAUUGUGCUGUCUGCAUUGAGAGUUACAAGCAGAACGAUGUUGUUCGCAUUUUACCAUGCAAGCAUGUUUUCCACAAAGCCUGUGUGGAUCCAUGGCUUAGUGAGCACUGUACAUGUCCAAUGUGUAAACUGAACAUUUUGAAGGCACUGGGAAUUGUGCCAAACGUGCCAUGUACAGAUAACGUAGCCUUUGACAUGGAAAGGCUCACCAGAGGUCAGCCAGCUAGCAGGCGAUCAGCACUCGGUGAUUUUGCCAAUGACAGCUCUCUCAGCCUGGAGCCCCUGCGCACCUCUGGGAUGUCACAGCUUCCACAGGAUGGAGAGUUGACACCAAGGUCAGGAGAGAUCAACAUUGCUGUGACAAAAGAAUGGUUUAUUAUUGCCAGUUUUGGCCUCCUCAGUGCCCUUACACUCUGCUACAUGAUCAUCAAAGCCACAGCUAGCUUGAAUGCUAAUGAAGCAGAAUGGUAUUGAAGAAAUGCUUUCUGGCCGAUUGCCUUGGAGAGAGACACCCAUUUUUUUAUGCAUCAUUUAUCGAUCAUGCAGCACAAGCAAUUAUUUAGUACAUUCUAUUUUUUCAUAAAAUUUGCUGAUGCCAAAGCUUUGUAUUAAGGAAAAAGUGAAGAAAUAAAAAAAACUUUAAUUAUUAAA